AUGAAUUACGAAGAAACAAAAGCAGUGGUCCAGGAGAAAUUUCUUUCAAGUGAAUUGGUUACAGCAUUCCUUUGCGAUGCGAAAAUACUCCAUCCCGAAUGGGUGAAGAAGGAUAGGUUGCUGUGCAUUGUAGAAUACGGAGACGAGAAAGCCGUGUUUUGUUUAUUCACGUCUAGUUACCCGCCUCAAUCCUUCACCGAUUUAUCUAUAGAAAUAGUGCUGCCCAUCGACAUCAACUUUAAAUGUGAGAUUGAUAACAAACCAUCAGAUCCUGAGGCAGUCCUGUACCUGAAUUUGCAGUCAAAUAGUAAUAAAUAUAAGUUCGAAAUUCAAAUGACCCCGCGCGUCGACAACUUUGUGGAUGAUCUCUUCAGAGGGAUAGAAGCCGUAAGUAAAAUGCCAACGCAACCUGAGUUUGUAUGGCUAAAAAAGUAUCAAGGUAAGAAUGAAGACGACAUUAUUUCCCAAUUGUCAGUUGUACCUAGAAGCGGAGCCACACAUUCACAGAGCUCCGCUCCUGUAGCUAUCAGGGAGAGUCUAAUUAAACGAAAAAUGUAUGAUAAGGAACUUGAAUACACAUAUACUAAGACAUUCACUGUGUUCUGUGGCACUUGGAAUGUCAAUGACAAAUCACCAGUAAUAUCUCUGGAGGGGUGGCUCAAUGUGGAUGAAGAACCACCUGAUAUAUAUGCAGUGGGUUUUCAGGAACUUGAUUUAUCUAAGGAGACAUUCAUCUUUGAUCAAACUGUUAGAGAAGAGGAAUGGUCAAAUGCUGUUGUACGUUACUUGAAUAUACGAGCUAAAUAUGUCAUAUUGGAGAAAGUUAGACUAAUUGGUAUGUUGCUGAUGGUUCUGAUCAAACAGAAACAUAAAGCCCAUGUACAUAAUGUGGUUUUCGACACAGUGGGAACAGGAAUAAUGGGCAAAAUGGGAAACAAAGGUGGUGUGUCCAUACGAUUUGACCUUCAUAACACAUCUAUAUGCAUUGUAAACUCUCACCUGGCUGCCCAUGUAGAAGAGUAUGAAAGACGAAAUCAGGACUUCAGGGAUAUCUGCAAUAGAACAAGAUUUCAACAACUGAAUCAGCAGGCCAAAGCCAUAAAAGACCAUGACCAAAUAUACUGGAUAGGUGAUUUAAACUAUCGCAUUACUGAGAUGGAUCCAAACACUGUAAAGCAACUUAUUAAUGAAAAUAAUUUUGAGGCAGUCUUAAAAUAUGACCAACUAAAACAGCAACAUAAGAACAAUAGUGUGUUUGCUGGCUAUACAGAGGGUCCAAUUACUUUUAAACCUACAUACAAAUAUGACCCUGGCACUGACAAUUGGGAUUCAAGUGAGAAAAAUCGUGCCCCAGCAUGGUGUGAUAGGAUAUUUUGGAAAGGAGAUGGUAUUACACAGAAAGCAUAUAGAAGCCAUCCUAGUUUGAAUAUAAGUGACCAUAAGCCAGUAUCUGCUAUCUUCAACUCAAUUAUUAAGGUAAUAGAUGAGGAAAAAUAUAGAAAAGUAUAUGAAGAUGUAAUAAAACAACUUGACAAACUUGAAAAUGAACUCAUACCACAAGUUAAAGUUGAUAUGAAUGAAAUAGAUUUUGGUACUGUAAAGUACCUUGAAUUGCAAAUGAAGACCAUCACAAUAAAGAAUACUGGAAAAUUACCUGUGGAAUUUGAAUUUAUUAAGAAAUUAGAUGAAGCAAGUUUCUGCAAAGAAUGGCUCAUUGUUGAGCCUUAUAAGAGAUGUAUUUGUGCUGACGAGUCAUGUGAAAUAAUAUUUAAAGUACAUAUCAAUAAGAUUUCUGCUUGCAAACUCAAUGCAGGAACUGAUGAAUUGUAUGAUAUUUUAGUUUUGCAUUUAUAUGGAGGGAAGGAUAUCUUCAUAACUGUGACUGGAACAUAUGAGAGGAGCUGUUUCGGGUGCUCAAUAGAGGUUUUAGUCAACCUCAAUAUGCCUAUAAAGGAGGUGCCUAUUAAGCAACUAGUUGAAUUAGAAAGCAAAAGGCACCAACCUGUAUCAAGCCAAUCCACAUAUUCAAUACCCAAGGAGGUGUGGUUCUUAGUUGACCAUAUAUAUUUACAUGGACUUAAACAGCCCAACUUAUUUGAACAACCUGGUCUGCAUUCUGAAAUUCUACAAAUUAGAGACUGGCUAGAUUCGGGCUCGAUGGAUCCUAUUCCAGGAUGUAUACAUUCAGUUGCAGAGGCUCUCCUGCUGCUUUUAGAAAGUACUGCAGAUCCUAUUAUACCAUACAAUCUUCAGUCGGUGUGCUUGAGGGCAUCUGCAAAUUAUUUACAAUGCAGACAAAUUGUCUCACACUUGCCCGAAUUCAGAAAAAAUGUGUUCUUAUACUUGUGUGAAUUUUUACAAGAAGCAUUGCAGCACAGUGCCGAAAAUGGAUUAGAUGCUAACACUUUAUCUUCACUUUUCGGAGCAAUAUUCCUUCGGGAUAAUCCAAAUCAAACGCAAGAGCCCCAGUCUCGAAUUAACAAACAGGUGAUAGAAAAGAAGAAAGCCCAGUUUGUACAUCACUUCUUAGUUAAUGAUCACAGUGAAUUAAUUUUUACUAGAUAAUUUAUCAGUUUUUCAAUAAUUUAAUAUUUUAAUUUAUUAAUCCAAAUACUCACUACUUUUCUAUUAGUAUUAACAUUUACCAUUUCUUUGUUGUAAUUGCUGUGGUCACAUGAAUGUGUAGCAAUUUGUCUAGUUUGUACAUAAACUGAGUCUCAAUUGCAUUAUUUAUGAAUUAACAGUGUUAUUGCACUUAGUAAUGAAAAGAUAACAUAAUAUGAUUAAAUAGUGUGCCCCAUUGUAAUUUGAAACAUUAAUAAUUGAGAAGAUUACUUUUAUACCUAUAUUAGGUAAAGCACUUAGAAUAUAUACAUAAUAUUAUUAAAUUACACACGUUAUGUGUAUAAUGUAGACACAUAUGUGUUACUUUACCUGUAGAAACACAUGUAAAGUAACACAUAUGUGUCUACAUUAAUAGAGAAAUGACAUAAUAUUUAGCUUCAUAUAGUAAUCGCACCAGGAUCUGUAUUUAUAUAAUAUGCCAAAUCCAAUUUGCCAUAAAACAACCACAGUUAUGCAUUAAGCAGAGUGUAUGUGUAUGUAUUUUAGCUGUGUAUAGCAUUUUUGUAUACCUACUCUAGGUACGACCAUAUACUGGUACAAAAAUCUUGAACAUUAAGGUUUAGUUUUAAUUUUACAUGUUAUAUGAGGAUGGGAAUAUGUCGUAAUUGGCUCGUAUGUUGUACGAAACUUGACUAGUAACUUAAAAUAGAUUGUGCUUCCUCGCGUAUUUCCGCAGAUUGUUUUAAAAAAAUCAUAGGUCAAUGUUAACUUGAAACGCAUUUAUCAGAAUCUCGUCAACUAUAUAUUCAUUAACUAGCUGUGCAUUACAAGGAAGGCGUAGCCUUUCUGAGAUCUGCCAUGUAUUGAUGAUAGUAAAAGUAAAAAUAAAUCAUCAGUAAAACAAUAAUUGAAACAUCCAUAUGGCACCAUCUUAUAUUUAUAAAUUGGUUGGCGUAUUGAGAAAUAUUUGUAAAAAUAUUUAUUUCAGCCCUUUUGAUGUAUUUUGCUCAGCUUUCAAUCGCCUGUGUAUAAACUACGUUGCUUUAUUACUUAAU